AUGAAUGAGACGAGCGGGAUAAGGGUGUGGGAUAUUGGUGGCACUGAAAAAUCAUUCAUCAUUGUGAAUGGCUGUGGCUCUGUGGAAGUAACUGCUAAUGCAACACGGCUCCAGGAUUUCCGACAUUGUACAAUUAUUGAAGGGCAUCUUCGUAUCCAACUGACUGGAGACAACAACGAGACUUGGGAUGAUCUAAGUCUUCCAGAACUAACACAGGUGACAGAUUACGUGCUGAUUUAUCGCGUGUCCCAUCUGUCUACCCUUGACACGAUUUUGCCUCGCCUGGCCGUUAUCAGGGGAAAUGUCCUCUUCCAUGAGCAUGCUCUCGUUGUCUUCGGAAAUAUCCACUUACGGGAGCUCGGACUGAGUAAUUUGACAGCAAUUCUUAAGGGUUCCGUUAGAAUCGAAAAGAACUGGAGUCUGUGUCCUGGAACCUCUGAUCGCUGGAAGGGCGUGACCUCUGAUCAAGUCACUAACAUUGUCCAGGAUAACUACGAGAUGUGUAUAUACGACCCAUGCGAAGGAACAGGAAACUGCACACUCUAUACUUCAGCAAUAUACACCAACUGCCUAAAUGUCGGUGGUUGUCGUGAAGGUGAGCAGUGCCAUCCAGAGUGUGUGGGAGGUUGUCGCCUUCCCGGCAACGCGACUGCCUGCGUCGCCUGCAAGCACUACCAGCAUGGAUCCGCUUGCGUCCGAACCUGCCCUGCUCAGUCGCCCCGGAACGUGCAUGAUCUACGCUACAAAUGUGUAACGGCCAGCACCUGUGAAGCGAUGUCUGGAAUCGUCCGAAUGAUGGAGUUGCCAGAAUCAGACAUUUCAGCGCCUGUCUGUAUACACUGCGACGGUAUGCUGCCUUUGAUACGCAGAAAAUGCUACUCCCAAGUUCAUUUGAAAAACUUGAUUUUUAGCCCUGCAAUGACACAGAGAGUCUGUUUUCGAGGCCCAGCGCACUCAAAGUACUGGAUCAGUGGUUUAAAACUUUCUUAGGCUCACAACUCAUAAAUCUUCAUAACAUCUGCAAUAUCAGUUUAAGAAAAGGGUAAUUCAGGUACUUGAAAUUGGUCAUGGCUUCAUGUUAUAUUCUUCUCUUAACAGGAACAUAGUCAUUAUGUAAAUACAUGAAUAUGAGCAAUCUUGCAAGCGAGCGAGCGAGAGAGCGAGAGAGAGAGAGAGAGAGAGAG